GGGCGCUAGCGCGCCCAGCAAUUCUCGAUGUGUUUACCAAUAUGGCGUGGCGUUUGAUUUGAAUUUGUUCGUUAGGCAAUUGGCGACACGGCGAGGCUUGUGAGAAGCGAGGACUGGAUGACUGGCUAUCCCCGAUCGAAUCGUGGGAAGAAUUUCGUGAGAUCUGGGCGAGUGUAUUGAACUGACGUUCUCUCAGCCACGCACGAUGGAUAACUUCAUAAAAAUAGAGAAAAUCGGAGAAGGUACAUAUGGAGUAGUUUAUAAAGGAAAACACAAGAAGACUGGAGAAAUUGUAGCCAUGAAGAAGAUUCGCUUGGAAAGCGAUGAUGAGGGAAUACCGUCGACUGCCAUUAGAGAAAUUUCAUUGCUCAAAGAGUUAACUCAUCCAAACGUCGUGAGCUUGAUCGAUGUAUUAAUGGAGGAGUCGAGACUGUAUCUUAUAUUUGAGUAUCUCACUAUGGAUCUGAAAAAGUACAUGGAUAGCUUGGGCAAUAAACUGAUGGAACCAGCUGUAGUGAAGUCGUAUUUAUAUCAGAUCACACGUGCAAUUCUGUUCUGUCACAAGCGUAGAAUACUGCAUCGCGAUUUGAAACCACAGAAUUUGCUGAUCGAUAAAACUGGAAUUAUCAAAGUGGCAGACUUUGGACUUGGAAGGGCAUUUGGAAUCCCAGUCAGAAUAUAUACGCACGAAGUUGUAACUCUGUGGUACAGGGCGCCUGAGAUCCUUCUCGGUGCUACUAGAUACUCAUGCGCGAUUGAUAUGUGGAGCAUUGGAUGUAUCUUUGCAGAGAUGGCGACCAAGAAACCAUUAUUCCAGGGAGACAGCGAGAUCGAUCAGCUUUUCAGGAUAUUCCGAAUACUGAGAACGCCUACGGAAGACAUAUGGCCGGGCGUGACACAGCUGUCAGAUUAUAAAACGACAUUCCCGAAUUGGAUGACGAAUAACUUGCAGUCGCAAGUGAAGAUGCUGGAUGAUGAUGGAUUGGAUCUUUUGCAAGCUAUGCUCAUGUACGAUCCUGUGUACAGAAUAAACGCACGUGCGGCACUGCAACAUCCCUACUUCAGUGAUUUGGAUACAUGCAAAAUACCAGCUGCGUAAAACGCAGAAGCUACUUGGGUAAAAGAAGCAGAAUUUCACAUUUUUAAUCGUGUGACUACGUGAAGAGUAUGGUUUAAGGUGUACUGAAAGUUAAUUUAUUUAAGUAAAUAUCCUUCAUUUUGGCCUUUAUUUUAAUUAUUUUAUCGAUUGAAGUUUACAUUUUUUUUUAAGUAGAAUUUAUAUAAUGUGUGGGAAGAAUAAGAGCGUUAUGGGUUUUCAUUGAAUUACUUAAAUUUCACACACAUAUAUAAGUUAUUACUGGAAUAUAAUAGCAGUAUUUUACGUAAUGUAUUGCACUUAAGUUAGUUCCAUACAGUAUUUCGGUCACAAUUAUUAUAAUGCCAUUAUUAAUAAUGCCAAUUCCAUAUAUUAUGUUUGACAUCUUAUCGAACCUGGCUCGAUAAAUGUUAAUAUCAUUAUUGUAUGUUAUAUUUUACUUUACUUAUAUUUAAUUCACUUUUGCUACACAAUAUGAUACUUAGUCUCCUAUUACUUCGAAAAGGAUCAAUUUUUAAAGAAAAAGUUUAAUUCUAUAUGAUGUGGUUAUAUAAGCUGGCAGUUCUGAUUACAUCUUUGUGCCUUAUUCUAUGAUCUGAAAAAUUUCAAUCAUAAACUGAUUAUUAAUAAGAGACAAAAUUAGUAAUUCAUAAUUAUCUACUGUACAACGUACGUGCCUUAGCAGAAAAUUUACAUACUAUGAGCGUUGGUCGCAUUAAUCCAAGAAAAUUUAAUGUAAAAAUUCUUUGUAUCUUACAAAUAAAUAAUAUUUUAUAAACA